ACACAUCCAAAAUCCCUUUCAUUAGAUCUCUCCCUCCCAUCACUCCCUUUUAUUGCUCACAAUUGCCUUACAAAAGGGGGGGUUGGGAAAGAGGGCAAAAAAGGAGGAAAGGACAAAGAGGUCAAGCGAAAUCCCAAACACUCCCCUCAAAACAAAGAAAAUACUGGGUGGUCGAAGAUAGCUGAUGGGUCUGCUUUAGAUCGAUUCAAAACCCCUCAAAAGCUUCAAACAAACGGGUUUUGUAACGAUUAUGUUGGUUGUGUUGAAGAAGACAAGCUUCGUUGUUUGUUCAAUCAUUUCUUGUGUACUUUACUCAAACAGAACUCUGGGAGUGAUUGUUUUAGGCCUUUGCCUCCAAUGCUUGGAGAUGAGAAAUCAGUUGACUUGUUCAAGCUAUACUUGGUAGUGAGAGAGAGAGGUGGGUAUGAGUCGGUUUCCACAAAUGGGUUGUGGGAUUGGGUGGCCGAAGAGUCUGGGUUGGGUUCUGGUGUUGGUUCUGCUGUGAAAUUGAUCUACAUCAAGUAUUUAGAUAGUUUGGAUAGAUGUUUACAGAGAAUUGUUAGGGAUAGUGGUGCAGAUCUGAGUGCUUGUUUAAUGGAGCUAGAGCGAGAGUUUCGAGAGGUUUCAUCGGAAAUUUUGGAUACAAAGAAGAAAGAUGAAGAAUACCCAUAUUUGGAUUUGGAAAAGAGUCACUUGAAUUCUACAAAUGUUGGAAAAUUGCGCAAUGACGAUGAGGUUCCAAGUUCCAUAGCUUCCAAUGAAGCUAGGAAAAAUGUGGAAGACCCACGAAAUAUGUCUGAAGGCAAAGAUAGCAUGAUUUCUGAUUCCACUGUUGUUACAGAGGAGGUUUCUAAUAGGAAGAGAAGGCGGGAGUGUUGCCGAGGAAUGCUGGAUUGGGUUGUUGAGGUUGCAAAGGAUCCUUGUGAUCCAGAAGUUGGAUCCUUACCAGAAAAGUUUCAGUGGAAGUCUUAUGGGAGUGAGCAGUUAUGGAAGCAGGUUUUGUUGGCCCGGGAGGCAAUGUUUCUGAAAAGAAGUUUUGAUAUAAGUGCUGAUCAAUCAAUUUCAAAUUGGGUGGUAUGUUUUAAAAACUCUUGUUUCAUAAGUACAUUGCACCCAUGAUGAUUUGUUAUGCAUUUCAAGCAGGAUCUCGUUUGUUUCACUGUUCGCCAGUACCUUUAAAUAGGUUAGGGCCCCGAGGCUGCAUUCCAUGGUAUCAUGGUGUGUUGCAAGGCGUUGAAUAAUCCUUAUGCAAUGAGCUUAUUAGUUUACUAAAACAUGCUUGUACACUAGGCCUUUACUUGAUUGUAUAUUGUCUCAACAAAUUACUUUGCUUGCCCGCGUAAGCCAUAUUUCAUCUUUGUUUAAUGGUCGGGGUCCAUUUUCUAAUAACUUAAGUUUUUUAGACAAUUGGUGAUUGAACAUGGUAGAUGAUGAAGGACUUGGUUUCAAGUCUCUCUGUUUGCAUUUGGUCUCCCUUUGCG